AUUAGAAAAACUCCGCUCUGAGCUCACCCUCACCGAUAGUGGAGUUCCUGGCCGCCCCGCCUUCUCCCCGGACUGUUAACUACAGUGUUACAGCUCUUUUAGAAUUUGUCUAGUAGGUCUUCCGGUUUUUUCCGGAAGGCCCCCGCACGCCGUUGUCAACGACAGAAACAUUGAGGUUUCACUGUGGGGAGCGUUGUGGGGGGUGUGUUUUUUUUUUUUUUCGGUGUGUUUUUCCCGAAGUGUUUUCGUUCCCGGCGAGUCUGAGUCGGACAGCGAGGACUACGCCGACAGGCUUCCGGUUUUGGCUGAUGCGCUUCCCUUCUGAUUCCCGCUCGGUCUCAGGGCCGCUCUAGGAGACGGCUCUUUCCUUGUGAACGCUCCCUUGGUUCCGCCGCACGUGCGUGUUUUGUUGCUGUAUGGCGUCCUCCUCGGCCCAACCUGCGGCCCUGAGCGCCGAACAGGCCAAGGUGGUCCUGGCCGAGGUGAUCCAGGCGUUCUCGGCCCCAGAGAAUGCCGUGCGCAUGGACGAGGCUCGGGACAACGCAUGCAACGACAUGGGCAAGAUGCUGCAAUUUGUGCUGCCUGUGGCCACGCAGAUUCAGCAGGAGGUUAUCAAAGCCUAUGGCUUCAGCUGCGACGGGGAAGGUGUCCUCAAGUUUGCCCGCUUGGUCAAGUCUUACGAAGCUCAGGAUCCUGAGAUUGCCAGCCUGUCAGGCAAGCUGAAGGCACUGUUCCUGCCGCCUAUGACACUGCCGCCCCACGGGCCUGCUUCAGGCGGCAGCGUGGCCGCCUCCUGAGGCAUGGCCCUCCCCUGUGACACUACCUGGGAAGGGAACAUGUUGGUGUUCCAGAGGAUAAUAAACGUGCCUGUGACUUA